AUGGUGAUGGAUAAAUUUGAAUCUCAAUUUGAAGAUAUGGAUGCCCAGGUGGGUUGUAUGGAAUCUGCAAUCAGUCAAACAACAGCGUCCUCGAUGCCACAAGACCAAGUGCAUUUACUGAUGCAAAAAGUAGCUGACAAAGCCGGAUUAGAGAUCAAGCAUGGAUUGGGUGAAGUGCCCAAGUCUUCGGUCGGUGUUGCUGAACAGGAACCGGUGGACAAUCAAGAAGCACCGGAAGACGCAUUAGCUCAACGCCUUAAAGCACUCAGACCAGCAACCUGA